GCACGGAGAGCCGCAUCUAUUGGCAGCUUUGUUAUUGAUCAGAAACUGCUCGCCGCCGACUUGGCUUCCAGUCUGGCUGCUCGCGACCCUUGAGUUUUCGCCUCUGUCCUGUCCCCCGAACUGACAGGUGCUCCCAGCAACUUGCUGGUGACUUCUCGCCGCUCCCCCGCGUCCCCACCCCCUCAUUCCUCCCUCGCCUUCACCCCCACCCCCACCACUUCGCCACAGCUCAGGAUUUGUUUAAACCUUGGGAAACUGGUUCAGGUCCAGGUUUUGCUUUGAUCCUUUUCAAAAACUGGAGACACAGAAGAGGGCUCUAGGAAAAAGUUUUGGAUGGGAUUAUGUGGAAACUACCCUGCGAUUCUCUGCUGCCAGAGCAGGCUCGGCGCUUCCACCCCAGUGCAGCCUUCCCCAGGCGGUGGUGAAAGAGACUCGGGAGUCGCUGCUUCCAAAGUGCCCGCCGUGAGUGAACUCUCGUCCCAGUCAGCCAAAUGCUCCUCCUCAGGCUUCUCCUGCUGACAUCUGCCCUGGCCGGCCAGAGACAGGGGACUCAGGCGGAAUCCAACCUGAGUAGUAAAUUCCAGUUCUCCAGCAACAAGGAACAGAACGGAGUACAAGAUCCUCAGCAUGAGAGAAUUAUUACUGUGUCUACUAAUGGAAGUAUUCACAGCCCAAGGUUUCCUCAUACUUAUCCAAGAAAUACGGUCUUGGUAUGGAGAUUAGUAGCAGUAGAGGAAAAUGUAUGGAUACAACUUACGUUUGAUGAAAGAUUUGGGCUUGAAGACCCAGAAGAUGACAUAUGCAAGUAUGAUUUUGUAGAAGUUGAGGAACCCAGUGAUGGAACUAUAUUAGGGCGCUGGUGUGGUUCUGGUACUGUACCAGGAAAACAGAUUUCUAAAGGAAAUCAAAUUAGGAUAAGAUUUGUAUCUGAUGAAUAUUUUCCUUCUGAACCAGGGUUCUGCAUCCACUACAACAUUGUCAUGCCACAAUUCACAGAAGCUGUGAGUCCUUCAGUGUUACCCCCUUCAGCUUUGCCACUGGACCUGCUUAAUAAUGCUAUAACUGCCUUUAGUACCUUGGAAGACCUCAUUCGAUAUCUGGAACCAGAUAGAUGGCAGUUGGACUUAGAAGAUCUAUAUAGGCCAACUUGGCAACUUCUUGGCAAGGCUUUUGUUUUUGGAAGAAAAUCCAGAGUGGUGGAUCUGAACCUUCUAACAGAGGAGGUCCUUCAGUUGAGACCAAAGACUGGUGUCAGAGGAUUGCAUAAAUCACUCACUGAUGUGGCCCUAGAGCACCAUGAGGAGUGUGACUGUGUGUGCAGAGGGAGCACAGGAGGAUAACCGCAUCACCAGCAGCAGCUCUUACCCAGAGCUGUGCAGUGCAGUGGCUGAUUCUGUUAGAGAACUUAUGCGUUAUCUCCAUCCUUAAUCUCAGUUGUUUGCUUCAAGGACCUUUCAUCUUCAGGAUUUACAGUGCCUUCUGAAAGAGGAGACAUCAAACAGAAUUAGGAGUUGUGCAACAGCUCUUUUGGGAGGAGGCCCAAAGGACAGGAGAAAAGGUCUUCAAUUGUGAAAAGAAAAUUAAAUGCUGUGUUAAAUACAUCACCAGCUAGUUGCAGAGUUACCAUGUACCUAUUCCACUAGCUGGGUUCUAUAUUUCAGUUGUUUUGAUACAGCUUAGGGUAAUGUCAGUACAGGAAAAAACUGUGCAAGUGAACACCUGAUUCUGUUGCCUUGCUUAACUCUAAAGCUCCGUGUCCUGGGCCUCAAAUCAUAUAAAAUCUGGAUUUUUUUUUUUUUUUUUUUGCUCAUAUUCACAUAUGUAAACCAGAACAUUCUAUGUACUACAAACCUGGUUUUUAAAAAGGAACUAUGUUGCUAUGAAUUAAACUUGUGUCAUGCUGAUAGGACAGACUGGAUUUUUCAUAUUUCAUAUUAAAAUUUCUGCCAUUUAGAAGAAGAGAACUACAUUCAUGGUUUGGAAGAGACAAACCUGAAAAGAAGAGUGGCCUUAUCUUCACUUUAUCUAUAAGUCAGUUUAUUUGUUUCAUUGUGUACAUUUUUAUAUUCUCCUUUUGACAUUAUAACUGUUGGCUUUUCUAAUCUUGUUAAAUAUAUCUAUUUUUACCAAAGGUAUUUAAUAUUCUUUUUUAUGACAACUUAGAUCAACUAUUUUUAGCUUGGUAAAUUUUUCUAAACAGAAUUGUUAUAGCCAGAGGAACAAAGAUGAUAUAAAAUAUUGUUGCUCUGACAAAAAUACAUGUAUUUCAUUCUCGUAUGGUGCUAGAGUUAGAUUAAUCUGCAUUUUAAAAAACUGAAUUGGAAAUCAAUAGAAUUGGUAAUUUGCAAAGACUUUUUGAAAUAAUUAAAUUAUCAUAUCUUCCAUUCCUGUUAUUGGAGAUGAAAAUAAAAAAGCAACUUGUGAAAGUAGACAUUCACAUCCAGCCAUUACUAAUCUAUUCCUUUUGUGGGGAAAUCUGAGCCUAGCUCAGAAAAACAUAAAGCACCUUGAAAAAGACUUGGCAGCUUCCUGACAAAGCAUGCUGUGCUGUGCUGGGCAGUAGGAACACAUCCUAUUUAUUGUGAUGUUACGGUUUUAUUAUCUUAAACUCUGUUCCAUACACUUGUAUAAAUACAUGGAUAUUUUUAUGUACAGAAGUAUAUCCCUUAACCAGUUCACUUAUUGUACUCUGGCAAUUGAAAAGAAAAUCAGUAAAAUAUUUUGCUUGUAAAAUGCUUAAUAUUGUGCCUAGGUUAUGUGGUGACUAUUUGAAUUAAAAAUGUAUUGAAUCAUCAAAUAAAAGAAUGUGGCUAUUUUGGGGAGAAAAU